AACAGCGCGCCAUGGGCUCCGCAGCAGCGCAUGAGGAAGUGAUCUCAGCAUGGCUUUAAUUUCCUGUUCCAACGUAUCGUCAGGACGGGCAGAGGCCGUGCGAUCCGGGUGUAGGGAGGUCUGAAAGAUGCCCGUUUGUGGAUCCAUGCAUUAAGGAUUUAACCAUGUUUUUCUGGGACAGUUCGGCCGCGGGGGAAGAAGCGUUCAUAUCUGCGGCUGUGAAGACGAGCAGCGACGAGUGACUGCCAAUGGACAGCUCGGUCACCCUGUGGCAGUUCCUGCUCCAGCUGCUGCAGGACGCCAGCAACAAGCAGCUCAUCUGCUGGACCAACGAGGAGGGGGAGUUCAAGCUGCUGCGGGCCGAGGAGGUGGCCCGGCUGUGGGGCGCCCGCAAGAAUAAGCCCAACAUGAACUAUGACAAGCUCAGCCGCGCCCUCCGCUACUACUACGACAAGAACAUUAUCAAGAAGGUGAAUGGCCAGAAGUUUGUCUACCGCUUCGUGUCGUACCCGGACAUGCUGACGGGGGACACUGGAGCGCGGAUGGAGGGGGGCGAGGCGGCGGCGGCUUCAGCAGGCCUCACCCCGCUGUCCGAGCAAGGGGGGCUCGACGGGGCCCCACUGGACGGUGAGCUGUGCGACCGGGACCAGAGGGCCAGAGCGGCGGGCCAGAGCUCCGGUGCGGCCAAGCAGUCCAACCGCAACGACUACAUCCACUCGGGCCUCUACACCUCCUUCACGCUCACCUCGCUGCAGAAGGGCCGGCAGCUCUUCAAGUCUAUCAAGAUGGCCGACCCGGCGGAGAAGACGGGUGACCGGAGCUCGGGGGGCCCCCCCACCCCGACCCACGCCAACGCCGCCCCCCCGGGCCCCGGGCCCCCCUCCCCUCCCACCUCGCCUCAGCAGCAGCAGCAGCCCUCGGUGUCGCCGACGGUCAUACGCUUUGGAAACGCCCAGCCCAAGCCGGCCGCGCCCUCGGACACGCCCCCUCCGCAGGUCACGGCGGAGCCCGGAGCCUCGUCCAAUCACACCAUGUAUCCCCUCCAAGCCCCUCCCCCAAGGGCGGAUGACAUCCUGGCGCACUCCUCGGCGCUUCCAUCUCAGGCUGUGUUCUACUUAGAACAGCUCCGCCCCUCAGAACACCACCACCAUCACCACCACCACCAUCACACCCAUCCGCAGCAGCAGCAUGUUGGCCUAUCACAGCUGGCCUCCCGGGGCACCUCCCCCAAUCGGCUGCCUGACUCCUCCCAGGAGCUGGUGAUUGACAGCGACCUGGAGUCCAUAUCCUCUCAGUCUCAGGAGAUGAAGGCGGACAGCGGUGGCUCCAUGUCGGGGGGCGACGCCGACAGCAGCAUGUCGUCCAUCUGCGGCGGCCCCGCCUCCGCCGCCGGAAAGAUGCGCAAACCGCCGAAGGUCCUGGAGCUGAGCGCGCCCACGCUGCUGGUCACCGCUUCGGACUUCUCCCCCAUGAACAUCUGCAGCCCGUCGCUGCCCACGGCCACGCUCACGCCCGCCAUGCUGCAGACGCCCACCCUGCUGCUCACCCCCAGCCCCCUGCUGUCCAACAUCCACUUCUGGAGCACCCUCAGUCCGGUCGCCCCCCUCAGCCCGGCCACGCGGCGCCAGGGGGCCCACCUGUUCCAGUUCCCGUCCGUGCUCCCGCCGCAGUUCCAGAUCCCCGUGCACAGUCUGGACGGGACCAACACGCCGGGCCCCAUCUCCCCGGACCCCCAGAAGAUCUAGGACCGGGCCUUCAGCGGCCCACCCGGAGACGACACCAGACAUUCCCUCGCGCUUCGGGCCUGCGACACGAGACACUGACCCGAGCUGGGCUGCAGGAACACAAAUACCGCCAUGCGACGCCACCUCUUCCUCCUCCUCCUCCAACACGCCCCGCUGGUGCUUGUAAGUUGGGAUGAAGCUAAUGGCGUCGCUGACACCGAGUCCACACCUCAGUGGGGGGGAGAGACGUGAACUGUCUGUCAACGUCCGUCACCACCACUGGACCUCUUGGUUCUCAGGACGGCAUUUACAGAAGAACAUCAUUCCCCGGUCAUAGUAUCGGAUUACUUUCUCAUGGCUCGCCACCAACAAAAGAAGACGUAAGGUGAUCCAUUGCAGUGGUCAGUUCAGUUGUGAUUGGGACACUGAGUUGGGCUUUUGAUGAAGAUCACGGUUUGACUGGAAGCCGGUCAUCGCUGUCCACACCCGAACCCCACCUUGUUGUUUGUGCGUUUGUGUGUACUGUUGAACGGCAUGUCUGCGGAGAACAACCUGCUUUCUCAAGUGUAAUCCCCAAGUUCAAACGGCAAGAGGAUCCAAUUGUUCUUUGUGGGACAUGCAAGUUAUGCUCAUAAUGCACCGAACAAUCAACUCCAUUCACAGCAUAAUCCACAACUGAAGUGACAUGACUUCAUGUCAUGAGUUUUAGACUCCUUCCUAUAUUAUUUUUAUAACUGUGUUGUUUUGUAAUUGUUAUAAUUGUGCUUUGGUUAAAAUGUGUGUUUUACCAGCUGACCUUAACCUUCCCACUAUGCCCUUGCUAAAGGGCAGAACUUGAUUGUCCUACAUUGUAUCUAUGUACCUAUGUAUCGUUUUAUGUACAGUCUUUACUCUGAAGUUAAAUGUCAAAACGUUGCCAAGGUUGGCUGCCUUCAGCACAGCAGUCAAAACUGGCUUUAUAUUCGACCAUGGCCCAAAUCCAGCUGAUCUUGUUCACUAAAAGCAGUUGAAGAUGCGUUAUUCGUAGCACUUAAAGUCAAUUAAGCAAGGAAUCGAAUUAACCCCCUUAUUUUGUGUGUAUUUCUCUCUCUCUCUCUCUCUCUCUCUCUCUCUCUCUCUCUCUCUCUCUCUCUCUCUCUCUCUCUCUCUCUCUCUCUCUCUCUCUCUCUCUCUCUCUCUCUCUCUCUCUCUCUCUCUCUCUCUCUCUCUCUCUCUGUGUGUAUAAAUAUGUUUUUUUCAGUGUAUAUUCUCUGGUUUGCAACAAAGAAUCUGUGGUGCUGCCCUUUUCUUAAGCACUUAACGAUUACACGCACCAGGAAUAAGAUCAAAUCUCGCUGUUUCUGACCUGAUAGUAGACGUGAUGUUUAAUGGAUGGUCCCUACCUACCUUAUGUACAGAAGAGUGCCCUGUGUGUCUCCUGAGCUCUCAGGUAUUGCAUCAGAGACCGUGGAAAGCCAUAACCCCCUACUACUAAACCUUAACCAAAAACCUGGAGAGCCCUGGCGGGGGGCUCGCAUCUCGACUGCCUAGCCUUAACCUCUCCCCCCUCCCCUGGGGGUCUUUAACCACCGGACCCCCGCCCUGAGGACUGUUUCCGCUCUCCGGAGACCCAUUUUGAAAUGGUCUCCAUGCCAUUUGUAUACCGGUGGAUAUUAUUGAGCCAUUACCGAUGUGUGUCCCUUUAUUAGCGUCUCUGUCCAGGCCCUGUUUGUAGCGUGUUUAGAGCCAUCGAUGUCAGUCUGUUCCUGUAUGUAAGUGGUUGUUUACAUGCAAUGCUUGCACAUGAUCAUACGUGACCCUUACCAUUGAUCCAGCCCAGGAAAACGAUUACCAGCAACCAUUUUUCUUCCUCCAAUUAUAUAAAAUCCCCCCCGUCCCCCCCUUAAGCCUACCAUCUGUUAUGCAGACGGGUGCCUUAACACAGACUUUCUCCCAAAGCGACAUCCCGAACCCCCAUAUAGUGUAGUUCCUCUGAUCAAAUUGCCAUGGAAGAGUUUAUUGACAACCUAUAUUUGUAUGUUAUUGUCUAUUAGGUUGUUCAUAUGGCACACACAUGUUGUUGCUUCGACCAAACCAGAACCAGUGGACCUGGUCCCUUUUUUUGGUUCUUUCCAGCAGAAAUAGGCCAUUACCUUCAUACAACACAGCUCAUGUGUUGUGCACUUAACGGAUCAAUUGUUCAGCAAUAUGCCGGCAGCAUAUUUCCAUAAUGAAGAUUCAUGUCCCUGCCCCCCUUAUCUCCUGCAUUUAUCUGUGUGGUGCCACAUGUACUCAAUAACGUUUUUUGAAUCAAAACUGUGUGUGUCUUGGUGUUUUGAUUUUGUAAAGCCCAGCUAGGGAAGUGGUGGCUCGGCCAGGGUUUCUGUUGCCAGUCUUAACUCUCUGAUGUGCGGCCGUGUUGUCAGCUUGUGUUUUCCUGAAUGUCAUGUUGAUGGUGUGAGAGUAGCCACUGGCUUCUGAAGGGGAGAUGUAGGUCUCCCGGCGGCCAGGACUCAAACCUCUCUCAGUCCUUUUGUUCCGGCUCUCUUUAGACUGUUUCGAUGCUGUUAGCUUGCUAUCCUACAUAUUGUAAAUGCAGCGUUCGGAGCGUUUACACUUGAUAUUUUGGGAUUCCUGUAGUAUUGGAUUUGAAUCACUUUUUCUAGAAGUUAAAGAAUGUAUUCAGGUUAAACGAUGCUGUUGGUAGAUUUUGACAUUGGAGCCAGAAGUAUACCAUCCAAACCAAUGUAGGCUAUAAAUAUGCACAAAGAACUUUAUACGCUAAAGAUAAACGUUCAAAUUCAACUUUUUAUAAAAAUGUUACCGUAUAGAUUUACAUUGACACGUUGUGUAUGGCCGGAAACAAGCUUUGACCUAUUUUAUCUAUUUAAAUAAAAUUGUUAGAUUAUAUUGUACUUUUGCAUUAUAUUUAAAAGAAACGAUCAAAUAGCCGUAAGAUGAUUAUGAUACCUAUCUUCAAUGCCCGUUCUGUUGUACAAAGUGCAUGUUUGAUUCAAUAAUAUAGUUGACUGUUCAUAUUUCCGUGAACUUUCCCUUUUUCGAUGUAAAAAACAAAAAAAGUUUUACAUUUGUUGAAAAGAAAUGACUUCAUUACUUUUGUCCAGUUCUCUUUCUUGUUAAGUUUUAAAUGUUUACCAGCUGACGUGCCAUAUUGACAUGUGCGUGAAAAGGAGCAUUUAGCUAUUUCUACUCUAUAUGAGUGAUUAAACACAAGUUCUCAGCCAUUGUGUCCCAUUACUACAAUAUCCAACGUUAAUAGACCUCUCAACAGGUCGACAUCAAGAGGUCUUAGAAGAGCUGCAAAAGGAACCAAAUCUCCUCAUGUUUUAGUCUUGAAAGUAGAAUGAAUAGUGAAUACAUAGCCUUUUUGUUGAAAGCUUCCUGGUUGAGGGCUGGAUAGUGGAUUGCUUCAGUGUCGACUCCCUGCUGAGAGGUUCCUUGUUUGAUCCCAAUAUCAGUCAGCCUGUAAACAUCAUAGAUUAAGCUGCUUAGGGCCUAGCUGCUCCUUAAUGAUCUGAAAAUGUCCCUUUGGAGAUAUUUGUCUCCUGAAUGAAAGUUAUAUGAAGAGAUAGUAAAAAGUACAUUUCUCCGUUGGCCACUUGGAAUGGCCAAUGGAGUUAUUCUUAAGAGCUCAACCCGAAUCGUGCCAGGCUAAUAAAUUACAAUCACACCCUUAAUAUGUGACCACAAAAGUCACUUCCCAGCUCCUCCUGAGUCAUGUCCACAAAUACUUAUCAACCAUAAAAAAUGGAUUUAGUGCUCGUCAUUUUUGUCAGGGAUACUUUUCUGAGUCACAGCAAAGUGGAAUAUAAUGCAACAAUUCGAUAAAAGUUGUUCUUUGACAUUCACCCCAUAGAUGACCAUUUUGUAUGCUGCAUGAUACAUUUAUUACAAAUAAUGGGCAUGAAACAUGGAAAAUAACAAAAAUAACCCAUGUGUUUUGUCUUUUGAGGACUUGUGCUGGCUGUCAGGGGCCUCCUGACCUCUGAAUGUCUGUUGCGGCGACGUCUUUGGACGGUUCUGUGAGGACAACCCAAGUGGACCUUCAGGACUCUCAGUGACAACACUAUCAUUCAUCUCAUGGAAAAAUUGGUGCAGGGAAGGUUCUAUACAAAGUUUAGCCUCUCCAGUAUCCAUCUCCACACCUGAAAACUAGUACUGAAUAAAAAGUGUUAUGUCAGAAAUACCCCUUAUUAUUAUUGCACUGUUCAUUUUUGCAAAACCAAUUACGACCUAUCACAAUUUCUGUUGUGAUUGGUCGAACACUUCAAAACUGUUUUCACACUACUAUUACACAAGAAAGUUUGAGCGCAAACAGCUGUUUCCCGCACUAAUUGAGGGGUGUUCUUCGUGGUGCGAAUACUCCCCCUGGCUUGGACUUGAUUUUUCAAGCUUAGUAGACCAUGUAUACCUGCGUCAUAUGAUAUUCUAAAGCAAAGGGAAAAGUAGAAAAAUAAUAUAGGAGUGAUACUACUCCUUUAAUAAUAGAUCAAUAAUUAAAGGCCUUCCAAACAGUAGUAUUGUAUUGUAUUAUAGUACUUAACUGUGUAGCAACUGCAGUAGCUGCUAUCAUUGCUGUAACACGGGGAAUUGGUUAGCCUAGCGACGGUUGUACUUGCACUUGGUUCUAUCCUUUCUGUACCGACAGCGACAUAUUGAUCAGAAUCAGAAAGGAUUUAUUAUUUAUUUAUUUUUAUUUAUUAUUUUGAUGCACUUCUUAUGACAAAUGUACUUAUUGUAAGUAAAAUUGAUUUGGAUAAAAGCGUCUGCUAAA